GAGGGAUGACGUCACAGUUGUAGUUUAUGGAAAAAAACAUUAUUCGCCUCAAUGAACUCUUCCGGUAAAAAAAUAAAUAAAUAAUCCCUCUCUCCCGAUUGGUCGAAUUUAAAAAUAAAACCGGGACAGUUUGGGUUGAAGAAGGAUUUUUGAUGCGAUCAAUAUUUUGGGAAUCCGUUCUCUCACGAUGAUGGAAUCGUGUUUUUACAACAAAUUGGAAAGCGUGGAGCGGGAAGUUAACUUCGACGACUUGAAGAAAAACCUAUUUUCUGAGUUUAAUUCCAUAGACUCCCAGGAGUCUUGCCUUGAAGAGCAUGAACACUUGCAGGUGUACCUUCGCAUUAGACCAUUCACAACAACUGAGAGUGAAAAUGGCGAAUCGCAGGACUGCGUUUCCAUCGAGCUCCCGGACACUGUCCUCCUGAAGGCUCCAAGGACUUCGCUCUCGGCACGGCUCCAUGACAAAUCGGCUCAACGGUUUCAAUUCUCACAGGUCUUAGGGCCAGAAACCACUCAGAGGGAGAUGUUUGACAGCACAGUGAGAGGCCUCGUCAAGGAGGUUCUGGAAGGCGGAAAUUCUCUCGUUUUCACGUAUGGAGUGACCAAUGCGGGAAAGACAUUCACUUUUCUAGGUCCAGAGGCCAAUGGAGGGAUCCUCCCCAGGUCUUUGAAUGUCAUCUUCAACAGCAUUGAGGGGCGUGUUUACGACCAGAUGACUAUCAAGCCACAGCGAUGCAGAGAGUUCAUCAGGCUCACUAAAGACCAGCAGAGGGAAGAGGCCACUAACAAGAGAAAUCUCUUCAGGCUCCUCAAGGAGAGUGAUAACCAGAAAAGCUUCACCAACAAGACAACCUUGGAAGGGUCCACACUAAGUGACAUCGAGGGGACUGUGACAGAACAACGUUUCAGUCUAGUUGUUGAAGCACACACCAAGUUCUCCGUCUGGGUGUCCUUCUGCGAAAUCUACAACGAGAACAUUCACGACCUGCUGGAGCCCGUUCCGAUCGGAGCCCAGAAGAGAACCACGCUGCGGCUGUCGCAGGAUGUCAAAGGCAACUCCUUUGUAAAAGAUCUGAAGUGGAUACAAGUGAACAACGCUGAGGAAGCCUACAAGGUGAUGAAGCUAGGAAAGAAGAACCAGAGCUUCGCCAGCACCAAGCUCAACCUCCUCUCGAGCCGGAGCCACAGCAUAUUUUCUGUUCGUAUCCUGCGGAUGGAAGAUGCUAGGAUUCCUCGUGUUAACUCUAUCAGCGAGCUGUCCUUGUGUGACCUGGCUGGGUCUGAGAGGUGCGCUAAAACUCAGAAUAAAGGGGAGCGUUUGAAAGAGGCUGGAAACAUCAACACUUCCCUGAUGACACUGGGCAAGUGCAUCAACACAUUACGGCAAAGCCAGCAAUCCAAGCUACCACAGCACGUCCCCUUCAGGGAGAGCAAACUGACCCACUACCUACAGGGCUUCUUCUGUGGCCGGGGCAAAGCCUGCAUGAUAGUCAACAUCAACCAGUGUGCCUCCAUGUACGACGAGACGCUCAACGUGCUGAAGUUCUCCGCCGUGGCCCAGAAGGUGGUGGUGCUGACCACCAAGACCGUCCCCCACCUCGCCACCAAGAGGUCGGCCCGGGAACUGUCCAUGAUCAUCAACAACGCAGACAGGAAGUACCUGUUGGGUCAGAAGAGAAAGAGCUCCCUGGUUGGCUGGGAGACCAGUCUGGAGGACGUGCAGGAGCAUGACGACACGGAAGAGGAGAGCGUGAUGGAGACCAUGCAGGAAGUGGACGAUGAUGAAAAGGUUCUCAUCAAUAAAGACACUUAUGAGAGCCAGCUCCUCCAGUUGACGGCGCUCCGGGAACAGCUCCAGAAAGAGAGGUCUGAAAACAUUGCUUUGGAAUCCCGGAUCCGUGACGAGGUCACCAAGGAGUUCUCUGAGUUCUUCUCUGAAAUGCAGACCGAUUACAAGGAGCGUCUGGCCGAAGAGGAGAAGAACGUCGAGGAGAGAGCAGAGAAGCGUCUAGAGAUCCUGAGAAAUCUUGUCAACAUUAACACCAGUCAAGAGGAGUUGGACGGAGUAGAGCGAGCCACAGAGGACAGCUCGCCAUUGGGAGAGAUGUUUGACUCCAUGUGCAGUGACCUGGCGGGCAUAAAGAAGGCGGCUUUGGAGGCCAAGACGUGUCUGGUCGUCACCCAACCCAGUGGCGAAACAAUCUCCAAUCUGGAAAAGAGAGUGGAGGAUCUCUCGGUGCUGUUGAACCAAGCACGGGAGCAGCUCACUGUCAAAACCAAUGAACUAGAACAUUGUUGCAAACAAGCGCGGCAAUCGAACGAACAGCUUGAAGAGGCUAGAAAGACUCUUGAGUCUCAGGAGCUGAAAUUCUCCCACUUCCUGGAGAUGUGUCACGAGAAGGAUGAGAUGAUCACCACGCUUCAGAACACCGUAGACCAACAGGUCCAAGCCACCAUCAAGAAUAAGGCUACAUUCGACGGCAUCAAAGAUGAGAUCCUGCAACUGAAGAGCAGCUGCUCUUGCUCCAGAGGGGAGAGGCCCAGCUCUCGCGCAGAGAGCCGCAAACGGCUGGUGGACCUCCAGGCCAACCUGGAGGACCAGCCCCCCAGCAAGAAAGGUACAGGGUGGGCUCCGAGCACUGCCGGGAAGCCCCUCCCACCGUUUGUUGGGGUGAGAGCAGGGGGUAGAGAGAACACAGCCAAAGGUCGCAAAAACAUCCGCUUAAAGAGGCGACUGUCUGCGCUCAAGAACGGUCCCUGGGGAGAGGAGGAGAUGGACAGAUUGCGCAGGGAGCUGGUGGAGGUACAAAAGGACAGUGGGCUUCUCCGAGACAAGCUGACAGAACAAAAAAGAGAAUUCCCAAAGACCCUAGAGGAGAGUGAGAAAAGGCCCCUGCAGAAAAAGGGUCUGGGAGAGAAACCGGCCCAACAGCAGAUCUCAGAACAGCAACUGGAGGUGCUAAAAGAAAAACUGGCUCCACAGGAACUGAACUUGGAGCAGCUCAGGGCAGAAAUGGAGGAGGCUAAAGCCAUGGCCCACAUCGACAGCGAGAACUCUGUAGCUGAGGUCGUGACCUUGAAGGGAAAGAUGGCUGCACUGGAGGAGAAGCAGUGCACCCACCAAACGGAGAGGGAGGCGGUCGUAACCGUGUCCCAGUCGUAUAACGGCGAGCUCGUGUCCCAAACGGAGAGAGUGGCAGAGUUGGAGAAGAUGCUGUUUGAGAAGGAGGCACAGGUGUCAGGCCUGAGGGAGGUGCAGGAGAUGCGGGAGGAUGAGGAGACCGCUACGGUACAGGACGCUCGUAAGAGGGAGGUGGAGAGGAGGCGGGAGUUGCUGGCUGUGGCUGAAGAGGCCAUCACUCAGAAGAACGCUGAGCUGGAGAGGAGAGAGCAGGUCAUCACCAGAUUGAAGGAGACGGCUAAACUUGACUCCGACAAAGUGAAGAGUUUGAGCCUGGACCUUGGGAGGAAAGACGAUGACGUUUCUGAUCUCAAAGAGAAGCUGUCCGACUCUAAAAAACAGAUCCAGCAAGUUCAAAUAGAGAUCAUCUCCAUGCGAGAAGAGGUGAAAUCUCUCAAACUUAAACUGCAGGACUUGGAGAAAGUGAAGAAACGGCAGCAGGCAGACUUGGCUAAUAAAGACCGGACCAUACAGCAACUGAAAACGGAACAGUCUGCUGACGAGAACCUCAAGCUCAAUCCCAACGCCUGUAAAGACCUUCAGGCUAAGGAGCGUAUGAUGGAGGACAUGCGUCUGGCUCUGAUUGAACAGGAGGAUACCCAGACCCAGCAGGAGCAGGUGUUAGAGGCCAAACUGGAUGAGAUUGACGCCCUCAUUGAAGAGGUGGAUAAACUGAAAGGACUGUUACGUUACCAAGACACUGGAGCCCUGAGAGACAGCCAAUCGGACGAGGUCAAGCUAGCCAUACAGGAAGCAGUUCAGGCUCAAGUGACCUUGAAGCUGUGUACUGAGAAACACCAAGCUGACAAGAGGAAGUGGCUCGAAGAGAAGACUGUUCUGAUCCGGCUGGCCAAGGAGGCCGAGGAUAAGAGGAACCAGGAGAUGAGGAAGUUUGCAGACGGCCGUAAGCGUCACGCCAAGCAGCAAGCCCAAGUGGAAGGUCUGGUGGCCCAGCUCAGUGAGAAGGAGCAGGACCUAGUGAAGUGGAGGAAAGAGAGGGACUCCCUGGUGACAGCUCUGGAGGUCCAGCUAACCAAACUCCUCUCCAGCAACGCAGACAAGGAUGAACAGAUAGCCAGUCUCCGCUGCCACGCCUUCUCUCAGCCAGCAGAGGGGGACCAUGGCCAGGUGGAGGUAGUGGAGCUGCAGGGCCUUCUGUCUGACAGAGACACUGAGAUUCUUAACCUGAAGGAACAACUGAAAACAGCAUUCAAUGCCAGCAGCGAUGCCUCGGUUCCUACUAAACACAGAGAGACAGCCAAUCAGCUCUCACAGACUGAAGCAGAGGAGUGCCCUUCCAAAGUCCGUGAGAGGCCUCUCCAUGACAACGGUCAACUUGUACGCGACGUAAAGACGUCGAAGAGGACCAGUCAGGGGUCUGGGGGCUACCCAUCGGUGCUAGACUCCUCAGAGAUCUCCACAGAAGGAGGCAGGACCAGCCGCUUCCCCAAGCCUGAGCUCGAGAUCUCCUUCAGUCCGCUGCAGCCCAACAGGAUGGCCCUGAAACGCCAGGGAGGGGCUGUGGUCAACGUCAAAAUCACCCGCAAGAGGAAGAGCUCUGAGAUCGACAAGAAGAUCGGAUGGCGCAGUCCAGCUAAAAGGAGAGCAACGCAUGAGCUCCCGUCUCAGGUACCUCUCCCGUCUCGGGUACCUCUCCCGUCUCAGGAUGAGGUGCACAAGGAGAACCAUAGAAACCCCAGAACCAGACUGGCUCCUAAACUGGCUGUGCAUCAAGAGGUGCCAUCUCCGGCCAGGGGCAGUGAAGACCAGGGAUCCAUAAGGCCCCAGGACUCCCAGUCCAGCUUGCAUAGCAGGAAAGAAGGAACGAUGCAGAAGAUCGGAGUCUUCGGUAGCAAAGCUAAAAAGAUAAUGGGAUUGGUGAGCGGGAAAUCCCCAGAGACGGAAGGGGGGUCGUCCAUGAGCUUCAGACCCAUGAAGUCCAAGUGGAAGCUGUACAGACCAGAGAUCUCUUCCGCGAUAGACUUAUCCUCCCUCCCGAUCAGUGGAGUUCCAGACGAGAAAGAGUGACCAUCUCAUCGUCAAGAGAGAACUCCGGACCGAAGUCAAAGACGCUGCUCUUUAUGGUACAGGGAAAUGAAUUAAUAGAUUUUUUUUUUUUUAUGAAGGACAUCUUGAAGUUUUACUUUAUUGUUAAGGCUGUUUUUCUUUCCAGAAGACGUGUAUUUUCUGAAGUCACUUCCUCUUCCUCUUAGCUGCCUGUUUUCUUUCAUAUAGUCUUCAUUUGUCACUUCAUUCUAUUGUAUUUCUACGUCUUUAACGUUGCACAUAUUAUGAUUAUUUCUCUCCAUUCUGUGCCAUGUAUAAUAUGAUUUAACAGAAUAUAAUCACGUUUUAUUAUUCUCAGUCCAGAACAUCAUCGUGGUGAUGCAGGAAUCUGAAGAUUUAGUAUAGUACUUUAUAAAAACACAGUAUAGUACUUUAUAAAAGCACAGUAUAGUACUUUAUAAAAGCACAGUGUAGUACUUUAUAAAAGCACAGUGUAGUACUUUAUAAAAGCACAGUGUAGUACUUUAUAAAAGCACAGUGUAGUACUUUAUAAAAGCACAGUGUAGUACUUUAUAAAAGCACAGUGUAGUACUUUAUAAAAGCACAGUGUAGUACUUUAUAAAAGCACAGUAUAGUACUUUAUAAAAGCACAGUAUAGUACUUUAUAAAAACACAGUAUAGUACUUUAUAAAAACACAGUAUAGUACUUUAUAAAAACACAGUAUAGUACUUUAUGAAAGCACAGUAUAGUACUUUAUGAAAGCACAGUAUAGUACUUUAUAAAAGCACAGUAUAGUACUUUAUAAAAGCACAGUAUAGUACUUUAUAAAAGCACAGUAUAGUACUUUAUAAAAGCACAGUAUAGUACUUUAUAAAAGCACAGUAUAGUACUUUAUAAAAGCACAGUGUAGUACUUUAUAAAAGCACAGUGUAGUACUUUAUAAAAGCACAGUGUAGUACUUUAUAAAAACACAGUGUAGUACUUUAUAAAAACACAGUAUAGUACUUUAUAAAAACACAGUAUAGUACUUUAUAAAAACACAGUAUAGUACUUUAUAAAAACACAGUAUGGUACUUUACUGUGAUCAUCUCAAAACACAGUAUAGUACUUUAUAAAAACACAGUAUAGUACUUUACUGUGAUCAUCUCAGAUGUUCAUGUAAAAA